GCCGCGGCGGCGGUCAGGCGCUCCGCGGGCAGCUAAAGCGGUUCGGUGUGACGUGAAGGACCUCCUCCUCCGCACAGCAGCUCAGUAAUGGCGGAGUACGACAGCUACGAUGAGCGGGACCGGGCCUACGGCAGCUUCGGCGGGAACAGAGGGCCGCGUGGCGGCGCGCCCGGCGGCUCCAGGAAGCAGAAGGAGCUGCCGUCGGAGCCGCCGUACACGGCGUACGUCGGCAACCUGCCCUUCAACACCGUCCAGGGAGACAUCGACGCCAUCUUCAAAGAGCUCAGCAUCCGCAGCGUCCGGCUGGUCAGAGACAAAGAGACAGACAAGUUCAAAGGGUUUUGUUAUGUGGAGUUUGACGACCUGGACUCCCUAAAAGACGCUUUGGCGUACGACGGCGCUUUGUUAGGCGACAGGUCACUGAGGGUGGACAUCGCAGAGGGGCGGAGACAAGAGCGAGGAGGCGGCGGCUUCGGCUUCAGGAAAGACGACAGAGGCAGAGGAGGAUCUCGCGGCUCCAGAGGAGGUCGUGACUCCAGAGAGGACUUCUACGACCAGCCAGGAGGUGUGGUCAGAGAUUACAACAGCUCAGGUUAUAGAGAUGACGACUACAUGGGUGGGCGGGGUCGAGGAGGCAGUCGCCCGGGUGACAGGAGGGGGGCAGGAGGGAUGGGCCGCUACAGAGAGGGCCCGCAUCGCGGAGGACAAACGGACUUCAGAGAACCGUCUGAUGAGGAGCGUGCACAGCGGCCUCGCCUGCAGCUGAAGCCGCGCACGGUGGCCGGCCCGCUCAACCAGGUGGCCAAUCCCAACUCGGCCAUCUUCGGCGGAGCCAAGCCGCGGGAGGAGGUGAUCUCCAAAGAGAAACCAUAAGAGACUGAGGCCAGAGGGCCGGCGGGGGGGGGGGGGGGGGGGGGGGGGGGGCCGGGGGGCGGAGGGGGCGGGGCCGGGACGGUGUGUGUGGAUAGAGAACUUUAAAGAAAACGCCAACAGAACGAGUUAACGCCACAGUUAGCUUCCCUCCUGACAGCGAGCGAGCAGACGCCGCCCUCCUCUUCUUCCUCGAUUUCACUUCAGUUCAACAAAAUAUUUAUUCUUAGAAGGAAUAAAAUGACACACACACACACACACACACACACACACACACACACACACGCGCACCAACGAGCAGCUUGUGAAUGCAUGUCCAAACUGUUAACUUGGGUUUCUGCCCCACCUCGGCUUCACUGUGCGUAGUGCCUGCUUCGUCCUGUAGUCUCUCUGCCGGGUCAAAGGUCAAAGGUCACCCACCGCUGGUCUGUAGUGCGAGCGAGGGCUGCGGCGGAUUGGCCGGCUCCGCCCUCCGCCGCAGACCCGCAGCGUGACGUUCGAGUUCCUUUCCUCUCCUCAGUGCUCGUCGUGUUUCCUGCACCUGUGGGUUUUUUUUGUUUGUGGUUUUUUUUUUUGUUUUUGUUUGUUUGUUUGUUUGUUUGUUUUGUUUUUAUCCGCCUCUUCUUGCCGGGUGGGCGGGGCUUCAGUGUGCGUGGUCUGUUCAGUGUCAGGGAAAAUGUCAAUCACAAGAGUGGACUCAAUGUACCAAGGUGCUCUCCUGUUGGAUUGUCCUCUGCCCAAGCCCCUCCCACCUGGCACAGGCCACGCCCCCCAAUCGGGACUCCUUCAAAUUAUUUUGGCUCAUUUCUGCUAAAAAAUAAAUAAAAUUAAAAAAAAAAAAAAAAAAUACCAAGUAACCUGAGAACCAUGAUGUUUUUACCUCUGUUCCCAUGAUGCCCUGCUGAAGAGCCUGUCAGCCAAUCAGCACAAACAGGAAGUGUAGCACAGCUUCCCCGCACCCCGCGGUCAGUGCUUCAUUCAGGUGGCCAGGGAAAGACAAGCUUCCUGAGUAGUUAGUACCAGUUAUUUUCAACAUGUUGGAUUCUGACUGGCUGCAGUGACUGAUAAACAAACAAACAAACAAACAAACAAACAAACAAACAAAACUACAAUCAUGGCGUCUCGUGUGGCUUCACUUCCUGCUCGCUGCUUUUCUUUUUCUCGUUUCCCAGUGGAACCUGAAGGCAGCACGGCUCCAGCGGGGAAGCGUUUCUAUUGGCCGAGAGCAGCCGUGACAGGCGUGGCAUGUAGUUCAGACUGGCUCCGCCCCCUCACUAACAGUCCUGUGGGCUGAUGGGUAAUCUCACCUGUCAUAUGGCGAGGUCGGGUGCAGCUUAACACUUCCUGUUCAUGUGGAGGAGGGGGGCGGGGCUCGCGGUCACGUGAGCAGGCGUCCACAGGUACGGCGGCGUGGCGUUCAGGUGCGGCGGCGUGGCGUAGGAGCGUGCUGACACAAGGUGGCGCUGUAGUCUAGAUCGCUUUCUGACAACUUCUGUGUUGCAAACCCAUUUUUAUUUGACAUUUUACUGGAUCUGAUGUCGAGAACGUGGAACCUUUUUCUUACUGUACUAUAUAGGAGACUCAGCUGUUUUUAUUUUUGGGUUUAUUUUUUUCCUACACUGUUUAUGGCAAUAAAAUGUAUCAUCUGA